AUGUUUUGUUAUUUCUUCAUACUCUACUUGAUUUAGAUAUGCGCAUAUAAGAUAAUGGAAAAUGAAAUUUCAUUGUAUCCAACAGUAGGAGAAUACUACGAAUAUGACUUGUUUUAGAUUAUGUAUUAAGAUGCAUAUAUUGUGUAUGAAAAAGGAGAAUAAUAUUAUGAAUAAUAAAAUAUGAAUAAGAGAGUAUACGUAAAUUAUGAAUAAAGAUGGAUGUAGAGACCUAAAAUUGGAAAUGUAGAUAUUGUUAAUCAGUUUUAAGAAAUUAAUAGUAUAAGUGGAAAUUAAUAUAAAUCAUUAUCAUCUAAUAAUACUCAUUUUGGUACUUUAUCAAUGGAAAAUGAAGUAAUAAUAUAUGAAUGGCACAAUUAAAUACUUUAAUAAAUUGGAUCAUCUGUAUAGAUAGAUACUUCAUUUAUUUGUUUCAAUAUUCAUUUAUCUCCAUUUUUUGAUAUUUUGGUUGAUUGCUAUUAAGAUGAUGAAUUUAAAUUAUUGAUUGUUUAGGAUUAAUAAUACAAUACUGUAUGUACAUCAUAAUCAUCUAUACCUAUUAAAACCAAACUCAAAUCAAUGAUAAAUGAUAAUAAUGAUACUUAUAUAAUAUAUGCUUAAUAUUAUCAAGAUUACUGUAUGCUCUCAUUAUUUUCAAAAUAGUAUUCAAAUUUAAGUUAAUGGAAUAACAACUUUAUAGAUUUUGAUAUACCAAUUAGAAUAAAUCCUUACAUUUAUAUACUCACUUAACAACAGAUCCUAUAAUGUACUAUUUCUUCAAAUUAAACUUUUUAACUUCAAUAUAAUUUCACAUAACCUAACAUCUCCAAUUUUCUUACUAUCAAUCUUUAUUACACCAUUUCGACUUAUUCUUAAUGUGAUCAAAUAUUACUAUAAUACCCAUCAGAUUCUGGAGAAGAAUUUUUGAUAACUUCCUUUUGGGGGUGUACAAACUAAAUUAUAAUAAAGAAUAUCGAUAAUCAAUACUAAUUUAAUGAAGCAAUUUAAACAAUAGUUUAGAACAACUAGUAUAUAAUAUUUUAAUAAAAACAAAUAAUACAUCUUUACUAAAUUGGAAAACCAGUAGUCUUCUAAUAUAAUAAUAAAAUUGAAACCAAUUCCCUAUUAUACUUUAAUUUUGAUAAUGAAUUAUUUUCAUUUAAUGAGAUGAUAAUUGCUUAUAAGAUUUAAAUUCCAUCGUUAAAGAUCAACCUAACUAACGUAUAAGUUCAAGGGAACAAUUCUCAUUUCUCUAUAGUGUGUUUUAAUUAAAAGAAGCCCCAAAACUAAAAUAUUUUAAAAAUUAAUCUCACGAUAUUGCCUAAGAAUGAUACGAAUAUUUAUGUAAUGUUCAAUUAGAGUAUUCCUUAGUACUAAUAUGCAAUCAUGAAUAAUAUUAACACAAAUUUUUUCAGCUUCUCAGGACCUUUCUUAAAAUUUUAAUAAAAUAAUGAUACAGACUAUUUUUCGUUUAGUUCAACAACUUUUACUGAGAUUGGUAGUUUGAGUUAUUAUUAUUUAGUUUCAUAACUCUCAAUAAUGUAAAAUAUUUCAGAAACCUUAUUAUAUUUCAUUGGGUACAAUAAAUCAUAACUUUAGAUAUUUUAUUGCUCUAAGUAUCCUUAGCAAUCUAAAUUAAGUUAUUAAAAUUUAAAUGUAAUCUAAAUUUCUGUUAACGCAACUUCCCUCUAAACUGCUUAUAGUAUAUACCCUGAGAUUCUAAUAAUUGGACUUAGUGAUAAUUAGACAAUCUAUUUAUAUUAAUAACAAUAUGAAGUUAAAGGCGCUUAUAGUAAUUCAAAUUAAACAUUUGAAUAAGAAAUCUUAAAUUUUUUGGUAACCUAAAAUAAUAUUGUAAUUCUAUUUAGCAAUUAUGAAAUUUCAAUAAUGACAUUAGAUUUUGAAAAUAUCUUAGACUUAAAUUAGGAGUAAAUCAAUUAACUUUUUAAAACCAAAACCAUUUAAUUCAACCCUUAAUAGAUUGUUAUGAAUACACAAUUAUAAUCAUCCUUCUUAUUUAUAAAUAAUAUUUAUGAUGUUAUCAUAAUUUCAUUACAAUAAAAUAGCAAGCCGAUCCCAAUUUAAUUGAUUUAAGUGAAUUUUGCAAUUAAGCAAAUUAAUUUAGUUAACUAAUAACUAAUUUUAUCUUAUAUUUGCAACAAUAAUUAGUCUAUUUGUUUUCAAGUUUGGAACGUUUAAAAUUUACCUAAAUAUUAUUAUGAGAAGAAUCUUUGUGAAGUUGAUAAUGGUAAUAACGUGACUAUAUAAUCAGAUAAUUUGUUCUUUUAUGUCACUUUUACUAAUCACACUGUUUACAUCUAUAAUCCUUCAUUACCAUAUCAUAUGAGUUUAUAUUUUAAAACAAUAUUAAGUUCAAUAAAUAGUAUUGCUUUUUAAAACUAAAAUUCAUUAUUAUUCAAUUAAUCAAUUAUUUUUGGGUAAAACACAUUUUAUUCACUUACUUAAACUUAAGGAAUGAUGAUAUCAUAUAUGUAAAGCAAUCAAUAUAAUUUUACUUACCCAUAAACUAUUUAUAAUUACUCUGUAACUUCUGCAUUAAAUCCAUUAGCCAUAUAGAGAACUCCUAAUUAAAGUAUUACUUACUUAACAAAUUUCACUGUAAUUAAAAAUAAAACUAUUUCUAUUAAUCUAACUCUUGAUUAAUAAGAUAAUCGCAAUAAUCAUUUUUCAUAUCCAAUCAAUAUAAUUGUUGAUAGAUAAUUCAAUUCCUGCUAACUGUUCUACAAUAUUAGUAAUCUAAAUUCUAUUGAUAUUUUAUAAGUUUAAUAAUUGAUAGCGAAGGGUUGUGUUAUUACUGAAUAUAAAUAUACUUAUAAUAAUUUAAUAAAUUUUAGUUAAGAUUUGGCACAUUCGUUAAUAAUAACUUCAAUAAAUAACUAGUUUGUUUCCUUACUGAAUAACACUGUAAUUAUAAUAUUAAAUAAUAACUUAAAAAAUACAAGUUAGACAAAUAUCAAUUUCACUUAAUGUCUAGUUUCGACAUCAUACAAUUACACAUCUUAUUCAAUUUGUUAAAAUGAAACUUCAUAAUAUUUAGUUAACUUUACAUUAAAUUCUGAAGGCGAAAUAGGAAAUCUAAUGUAUUUACCACUUCCCCAAGCAUUUUCAAAUAUAUUCAAAAUGAGAAUCAGUAAAGGCUAAAUUUUCAUUCUUGGUGAAUUUGUUAAUUAAAAUCAAUAUUUGUAUUGGUUUAACUAAUCCAAUAACAGUUUUAUUUAAUUAACUUAAGAAUUUAGCAUACUGGAUGAUAAUUAGCAUAAUUGUCAAGACUUUUCUGUUGACUAAUUUUCAUAUAAUGGUUAUGAAUAAUAAAAUUUGAUAUUAAUUUUGUAAACAAUAAGGAAUCAACUUUAUUAUCAAAUAAUUGAAAUUAAAGGUGAAAAUAUUAUCAUAAAUCCUCUAAUUUAUGUGAUUAUUCAUUAUUGCAAUUUUUAAUAUAGUUGCGUUGAUUUGAAUCAAUUCAAUUACGUUCUAAUUAUAAAAAUAAUUGAUGGAAAAGUAGCAGUCCUUGUAACUGAUACAUAUAGUGUUAGUUAUCUAGUCAAUAUUCUAAUAAACCCUGGAAAGGCUUAAUAGUCUAAUUAUUUAGCUGCUGUUAUUAGGACUAUUCCAAAUUAUUUCUACCAUCUUUAUACUGGUAAUUCUUUUUAUUUUGGUGGUGUUCUGAUUCAAUAAUAUCAACUAAAGGGCGGUUAUGUUAUGGGAAUUUAUUAUUUAGAUGGCUAUGAAAAUAAAAGUAUAGUUGAACCAAUUCUGAUGUAAGGUUCAUUUGGAACAUCCGUUUCUAAGUAAUAUGCUGUGAUUUUAAAUUAAAAAUAUCCCAGUGGCAUUGCUCUAUGUCUUGACAAUCCAUUUAUUUACCCUUUUAGUACCUAAAAUAUAACUUGUAAUUUGGAAAGAGGUUUACAAUAACGUAUUGUCUACCUGGGCUGUCGUAACGCUUUUUAUCAUGGUAUUUAUAAUAUUACAUUCAAUCUCCAAAUCAAAGAACAUAAUAGUAGAGGAUAGAUUUAUGCCCUACUAAGUUUAAUUGUUUUAAUGCUAUUUUAUUUUAUCUAUAAAAUUAUUUCCAACUUUAGGAGUCUAAAAUAUCUUAAUAUAGAAGUUGAAUUAUGA